UUUGCCGUUUGCUCUUCACUUAAGUCAUUUCAUCUGUGUUCAAUAUCAAUAACCUAUUUUCAUAUUUUUCAAUUUUAUAAACACAAACUCUAAUUGUAUAAUAUACAUAAUUAGAGACUAAAUUCUAUAAAAGAAACAAAUAUGAUAUGAUAGAGAUGAACAAGUGGUAACAUAAAUUUUUAAUUUUAAUGCGGAUACUUGCUCAAAGUUUUGUUUUGUUUGCUAUAAGCAAAAUUGUUAGAUGCCGAAGAAAAAAGGUAAAAAAAAGGCGGUUAAUGCAGAUUUUACCAUAAAUGAUUCUGCAAACGCACCGAAACCAGUAGGCAGAGUUAAAAAGUCAGUGGAAACUGAGGCUGUUCCUGCGAAAACUUGGGAGGAUCUUCAGGAUGACGAUUUCGAUAUAAUCGAGAAAUUGAAUGCAGAUGGAACAAAGAAUUUCGUGUAUAAAAAAAAGAGAAAUCUCUCUAAGACCGAGACGGACAACAAUGACACCGCUAUAGAGUACCCAGAGAUAGUCUGGUACCUAAUAUCUCCUUACAUUAAACCAGAGGAGGUCGGUAACUUUGCUAGAAUUAACAAAGCAACGUAUGCAAUAACGAAACGCGAAUCAUUUUGGCGUGCAUUAUAUAAGAGAUAUUGUCAAAAUAAUCCAAAGCUUCCAGAAAAGUUACGUAUUGAAAACAGUUAUAAACUGUACGGACUACGACAAAGAGUUAUAAGAGCAUUGUAUCACACAUAUGACGUGUUUGUAAAAAAGAUAUUACAGCAAGCGACCCAGGAGAGUCAGCCUCAUCAGUUGGUUCGAAGACGGUGCGUCAAUGUUUGGUAUUGUAAGGCACAAUCAUACUGGUUUGUUUAUUUCAAACUCAAGAAAUCCAAUGCCGAUACAAGAGCCAAAUCGUUAGACUUCAUGGAAGAACUCGGUCGAAUCGAUGCAAAUCCAGAAGUGGAUUCACAAGUUUUGCAGGUAACAUGCCAACAGUUCUACGAAGUACCGCCAUUAAUGGGUAUGACGUUGUCAUCCGUGAGUGUGGUGCUAUCACAAGGGUUCAGACACCAUCGUCUACAUCUCGGCUUUAACACUGGCCACUACAACGUUUCAAAGAAUGUGAUUCCAGAAUGUACCGUAGUCAUUGACACAGUUGUCAAUAUAUUGGUGUAUGAUUGGUGGCAUCCGAAGUACCCUAACUUUGAAAAUAGGUUGCCAUUAAUUGACGAAGAAUCGUUGCCAGUACUGAAAAAGGAUUUUUUUACGUCUUGUAACAAAGAUCUAGGAUUGUAAAUGUGAUAAUUACAUAUAGAUAAUAAAUGAUUUCGUUAUGAUUA